AUGGCCACGGACAUGAAGAACGGUGCGUUCGAGCACGACAACAUGGACAUCCCCAAGGGAGACCGUGUCCUGCCCAUGUUUUCACUCAAGGGCCGGACAGCAAUUGUGUCUGGUGCGGGAGCAGGCAUCGGCCUUGGAGUGGCUCAGGCAUUUGCUGAGGCCGGUGCCAACGUGGCCAUCUGGUACAAUAGCAACAAGCAGGCCGUCACGGAAGCAGAGAAUAUCCAAAAGACGUACAGCGUCAAGUGUAAAGCGUACCAAGUAAACGUCAUCUCCGCCGAUGCCGUCGACAAGGCCAUUGGUGAAAUCAUCCGCGAAUUCAAUGGCCGCCUCGACAUAUUCGUGGCCAACUCGGGCAUCGCCUGGGAAGACGGGCCAUUCCUCGACGGACACGUUGAAACCGCCAAAAAAGUCAUGGCCGUCAACGUCGACGGAGUCAUGUGGUGCGCCAAGAGCGCGGGCAUUCACUUCCGACGACAGAAGAAAGAGGGCAAGACGAUUGACGGCAAGCCCCUGGAGAACUAUAUCUGCGGUAGCUUCAUAGCGACGGCGUCGAUGAGCGGAAAGAUCGUGAAUGUGCCAAAGCUGCAGGCUGUGUAUAACGGGUCCAAGGCUGCCGUCAUUCACUUCUGCAAGAGUCUUGCGGUGGAGUGGACAGGGUUUGCGCGUGUCAAUACCGUUUCGCCGGGAUAUAUUAAAACAGAGGUUUCGAGCUUCGCCGAAGCCGAGACGGAAGAGCAGCGGAAGAAUAAGAUUCCCAUGGGACGCGAGGGGCAAGUAAGCGAGCUCAAGGGUUCGUAUUUGUAUCUUGCGAGUGAUGCGGCGUCUUAUAUCACCGGUUUGGAUAUGAUUGUGGAUGGGGGAUACUCCCUGCUGUAG